AUGACCAUCCAACUCAAGCAGAAAGGAAUGAAUGACCGCCGUUAUAAGUACAAUGCUGAUGGAACACUCAGAGCUAAUGAUCUGUCUUCGUCUGAAAUUCUUUUGACUGAAGUUUCCUCUGGCUAUGGCUCCAAUGAUGCUAGUGAAAUAAGCUUUGACCAUUAUAAAGCUAUGUUUGGAAUGCUGCCAAUGAUGCGAACCCUGGCGCAGUUAUAUGAUAAAGCUUCGUUCAAGACUUUCUCAUAUGUCAAGAUCCAUUUUCUUCAUGCUCAUGGCCAUUCCAUCAGACAUUGGUCCAUGUCAACACAGGCGCCUAGUAUCUAUGUGAUGAACAAAGAGCAGAGAGUCGAUGUUGCUAUUGGAUUUUCUGAAAAGGAUAUUACUCUCCUGCCAUUUAUCUGCUUCUUUAAAACACUUGCUGUAAGCUGA